AUGCUGCCGGACGGCGGCGCGGACGAUGAGGAGCGGUGGCUCGCCGAGGGCAUCGCCGGCGUCCAGCAGAACGCCUUCUACAUGCACCGCGCCGUCGACUCGAACAACCUCAAGGACGCGCUCAAGUACUCGGCGCAGAUGCUCUCGGAGCUGCGAACCUCGCGCCUCACCCCGCAUAAGUACUACGAGCUAUAUAUGAGGGCGUUUGAUGAGAUGCGGAAGCUGGAGAUGUUUUUCAGGGAGGAGACCCGGCGCGGCAGCUGCUCCGUUGUUGAUCUCUACGAGCUUGUGCAGCAUGCUGGCAACGUACUACCGAGACUCUAUCUCCUAUGCACAGUAGGAUCUGUGUAUAUUAAAUCAAAAGAGGCUCCCGCUAAAGAUGUGCUGAAAGACCUUGUUGAAAUGUGUCGAGGCAUUCAACAUCCUCUUCGUGGACUUUUCCUGAGAAGCUACCUCUCUCAGAUAAGCCGAGACAAACUGCCUGAUAUUGGUUCCGAGUAUGAAGGGGAUGCUGAGAGCAUUAAUGAUGCAGUUGAAUUUGUUCUUCAAAACUUCAUAGAAAUGAACAAACUAUGGGUCCGGAUGCAGCAUCAGGGGCCUGUUCGAGAGAAGGACAAGCGGGGAAAGGAAAGAAAUGAACUGCGUGAUCUGGUAGGCAAAAACCUUCACGUUCUAAGCCAAAUUGAGGGUGUUGACCUUGAUAUGUACAAAGAAAAUGUUCUCCCAAGGAUAUCGGAACAGGUGGUUAACUGUAAGGACGAUCUUGCUCAAUUCUACCUGAUGGACUGCAUAAUCCAAGUUUUUCCAGACGAAUACCAUUUACAGACACUGGAAACAUUGUUGAGCGCGUUUCCCCAGCUACAGCCAAAUGUUGACAUCAAAACGGUGCUAUCUCAACUCAUGGAUAGAUUGUCAAACUAUGCUGCCACAAGUCCUGAAGUACUGCCAGAGUUUUUGCAAGUUGAAGCUUUUGCAAAGUUCAGCAGUGCUAUUGGCAAGGUGAUAGAAGCUCAAGUUGACAUGCCUGUUGUUGGAGCAGUAACUUUAUAUGUAUCACUCCUCACAUUUACUCUCCGUGUGCAUCCAGAUCGACUUGAUUAUGUUGACCAAGUGUUGGGUGCCUGUGUCAAAAAACUUUCUGGCAACGCAAAACUUGAAGAUAGCAGAGCAACAAAGCAAAUUGUCGCACUUCUUAGUGCCCCCUUGGAGAAAUAUAGUAAUAUUGUUACUGCAUUGGAGCUUUCAAAUUAUCCUAGGGUUAUGGAUUAUCUAGACAAUGCUACAACAAAAGUGAUGGCUCUGGUAAUAAUUCAAAGUAUAAUGAAGAACACAACUUGCAUAUCUACUUCCGACAAGAUUGAGGCUCUUUUUGAUUUAAUUAAGGGACUUAUAAAAGACAUGGAUGGGGCUCAAGAUGAUGAGCUUGAUGAGGAGGAUUUUAAGGAGGAACAGAAUUCUGUAGCACGCCUUAUUCACAUGCUGCACAAUGAUGACCAUGAAGAGAUGCUGAAGAUCUUAUGUACGGUCCAGAAGCAUAUACUUCAGGGAGGUCCCAAGCGGCUACCCUUUACUGUGCCGUCCUUAGUAUUCUCUGCUCUCAAGUUGGUCAGACGAUUACAAGGUCAAGAUGGAGAUGUUACCGGGGAGGAAGUUCCAGCAACUCCUAAGAAAAUAUUUCAGAUCUUGCAUCAGACUAUUGAAGCACUCUCAUGUGUUCCUUGUCCAGAACUGUCUCUCAGACUAUAUCUACAAUGCGCAGAGGCUGCCAAUGAUUGUGAUUUGGAACCAGUUGCAUACGAGUUUUUUACUCAAGCAUUCAUCUUAUACGAAGAAGAAAUCGCGGAUUCUAAGGCUCAAAUUACUGCGCUUCACCUAAUUAUUGGAACCCUUCAGCGGAUGAAUAUAUUUGGUGUGGAAAAUAGAGACACCCUCACUCACAAGACAACAGGGUACUCAGCCAAACUCCUGAAGAAGCCUGACCAAUGCCGAGCAGUGUAUGCAUGUUCACAUCUUUUCUGGACCGACGACCAAGAUGGAAUAAUGGAUGGUGAAAGGGUCCUCCUCUGUUUAAAGCGUGCCCUGAGAAUUGCGAAUGCUGCUCAACAGAUGGCCAACGUAUCAAAGGGAAGCAGCGGAUCUGUCACUCUAUUUAUCGAAAUUUUGAACAAGUAUCUGUACUUCUUUGAGAAAGGAAUUCCACAAAUCACAAACACUGUAAUCCAAGACUUGAUUGAAUUGAUUAGGACAGAGAAGCAAAAUGACAGCAAUGCAUCUGAUCCAUCCGCAGAGGCCUUCUUUGCAAGCACUCUACGGUACAUCGAAUUCCAGAAGCAGAAAGGUGGAACCAUAGGAGAAAAAUAUGAACAAAUAAAAGCUACUUGAUUGUUCAUAACUCAAGACAAGUAUGGCAUUGUGACAAUGGGUUUCCAUUUUAGCAAGAGACAAAGCGAGUCGUUUUUGGGGGAUGUUCAAACAGAAGCUACCAGCUGCCUCGGACCGAAAGAUGUUUGCAUGAGUUAAUGGUUUGUAAUCUCAUGCUAAAAAUGGGGCUUAUCUUUGGUAACAUGUUUGGGUUAGUCAGGUGGCAAUAAGCUGUAUACUCUUUGGGAAGCUCAGGUCUGUACAGGAUACUUGUGUGCCGGAGUGUGACUGUUGUAUAUUCCUUUUUCUAGUCAUUUUGCAAAGCGCUCAAAUUUUAGGAGAAACUUCGAGUUGAGAGUACAUACUUCUAUUUAUCAGACUGAAAUUUUCAUUUAAUUCAUAGUAAUUAAGUUGUUGAAUGUAGAUGAUUUA